AGCGCCGCUUCCUCCCUCAGGGACCCCCAGUUCCAUGUGGGGCCACUUCAACGCACAUGGUCCUGCAAAUAGCGGCCUCCAGCAACAACAGCAACAGCAGCAGCAGCAGGGAGCGCCAUCGGGAACAGCAUUUCCGUACAACUACGGCCAAGGUGCCUUCAUGGGCAGUAGCAGUAGCAGCACUAACGGUGGCGGCAGCGGCAGUGGCAGCAACAUGGGCUAUGGCUACAACGGUGCCAGUGGCGGUGGAAGCGGCGGUGUCGGCUUUGGCGGUCCCGCUGCUGCCGCUGGUUCGGUUGGUCGCUUUGAGCGGAUGUUCAGCCUGCCUGUGGAGGGGUGCAGGCUGCUAGCGCUCGACGUGCCGGGAUCUCGGGUUUUGGUUUCGGAGACUAAGGGGGCUGGCAUGGGCAGUUCCUUCAUCCGAAAAAUCAGCCUAUAUGCGCCGGAGUGCAACACCCGCAUCCACCUGCCAGCCAACACCAGCCUCGUCUGCGACAUGCAACUCCAACCGACGUCAACCACCUCAUCAACCACCGCACCCUUCCCCCCCGGUUCUUCUUCAACCAGCAACAGCUGCCUAGCCGCCGUCGCAACCUGGGGCGCCGGGCUGUGCCUCGUCUGCCCGCGUUCCGAAGCCGUCGUGGCUGCCUUCACCGGUCUGCCGUACCGCCCCUGCAGCUGCAGCUGGGUGCCGUACAACGAGCACCUUUUAGUAGCAGGGCUGGAGAAAGGCCACCUAGCCCUGCUGGACAAUCGCCGUACGGACCGCACCUUGGCGGUGCUAGCAGCGCUGAAAGACGCGCCGCGAGGUGCCGCGAACAUGCCGGUGCGGAAUGUGGCCGCGCUGCCCCUGACGGCACCAGGAGCAGCGGCAGCGGGAGGAGCAGACGGCGGUAACCCGACGCCGUUGACUGGCGCCGUCUCUGGGGAUGGUGUCCGUAGCGGCGGAGGCGUCGUGUGGCCGCAUGCGGCGCUGUCGUGCCCUGGAGGUGCAUGGCUGAUGGUUGGCGGGUCGGCCGGCGAUGCGGAGGACCACCCUGGUGUUGGUGGGUCGUUAAGAGGAGCAACAACGUCAGCAGCGGCCGCCCCUACCUUUGGCACGCUUUUGUCGCUGGACGGAGGUUUCGGAGCGGGAAGCAUGAACGUGGAAUCCAUGGCGGUGUUUCACCAGGCGACCGGGGGUUGGUACGGCUGGGGCGGCGGCAGCGGCGUCGGAAUGGCGAGCGCAGACGGUGUCGGUCAGCCUCAGCAGUCCUGGCGAGUGGCGCUGUCGUGGACACCGAAAGCAAGCGGACGCUUGGGUGGUAUUGGUGCGGGGGGGCCACGUCAUGAAGUGGGCAUCAUGCGGCUUGAUGCGCAAGCGCCGUACGUGCAUGAGGCCACGGUGAGCCUCUACUCCCGGCGUGGAGACCCCAAGGUCCGCAGCUGCCUGCUGCCCGCAUCCGCCUCCCAUGCACCCUCCCACCACCGCAACCCCAUGCAACCGCACCAGCAGCCCCGGGAAGCGGGAGGCGGCCUGCUCCUAGCGUCAAGCGACGACGUGACCCACGAGCCCCUCAUCUAUGCCCUCAACUCGAGU